UCGAGUCGAAGCAAGACAGUCAUGGGAGCAUUAAAGAGGAAAUCAUCAUCAAGUUCCAAAACCCUAGCAGCUAACUCAAAGAAGAGAAGAGGUCCUUACUUGCCCAACUCAAUACUCAAGAUCAUCGCGACCCAGAAACGUCCGUUAAACUCCGCUGAUGAAAACGGCGUCGACUUGUACGAGUACGAAGAAGGCAUCCCUGAAGAGGAAUCCAGGAAAAACAACCGUUACGGCCGUCUCCAUUAUGACUACGAAUUCAAACUUCCUGAUGAUUUCGAGGAUGAAGACGUGGAGUCAGAAGAUGAUGAAGAAGAAGCAGAAGGCUAUGAUGAUGAUGAUGAUAGACACACACGGAUGUUGCAAGCUCUCACUGGGAUGCCAAGUGCAGCUUUUAAUCGUGAGAGUAAGAGCAAACCUGUGCUCUUCACUGAAGCAUACCCAGAGGGUGAAUUCAAUCCCACACGUGAUGUUCUCGAGGGUAAAAACGUCCUCACUGAGGAAGACUUGUUGGCGCCUCUCGAAGGCAAGCCAGGGUAUCACAAGACAAGCAGGCAGAUCUCCCGGAUGAGGAAAGAUACUAAGCAUGUCGUUCAUUCUCCUCUGCCAAAGCCUCAACGAGAAAGACUGGAGCGUAAAGCGGUGAAAGGACUAGUCGAUGAGGAGUUUAGUAAGUGGGUGCAUCUGGUGAAGAAGAAUAGAGAAGCAACAACUGUUUACUUUAACCAAGAUGUCAAUCUCGGAAACUCUACCGUCAGCGCGAUAGCAUCAGAGUUUCGACCAAGGACUGAGUUUGAGAUGAGAAUGGCUUCUGUGCUUAACGAUGAUCAUGAGGUUUCGGUGGCUCACAGAGAAGAUGGUCCUCGGCUUGUUGACCAUGUAAAGGAUCAUAACCACACUGCCAAGAUGCGGAGCCUGCUCUUCCGUCAUGAGCGAAAAAGUAAACAGUUCAAGAAGAUUAAGUCUAAACUUUAUCAUCGCCUCAAAAACAAAGACCUGAGGAACUCGGCACUGGGAGCAUUAAUGGACCCAGAAUUGGCUAAGGAAGAGGCUAUGAAGCAGGAGGCUAGACGAGUAGAGGAACGUAUGACGUCGAAGCACAAAAACAAAGGAAAAUGGGCCAAACGUAUGCGAAGGCUUGGAUUGGAUGUGAAAUACGAUGGCACUCGAGCAGCUAUAGCUGAACAACUUCAGAUGAAUGCUAAUUUGUCCAGAAAGAUGAACUCCAUGAGAGAUGGGAGUAGUAGUGAUGAGAGCGACGAUGAUGAGGAAGAGUUGAAUGAGGAUACUCUUUCUAAGUUGAUAGCGAAAGCAAAAGAGAAGACAAUGAAAGCUUUGGAAGAUGAUGAAGUGCUCAACUCUGGUCUUAUGUCAUUACCUUUCUUGGCCCGUGCUAUGAAAAAGAAAAACGAGGAAGCCAAUGAACAGGCUAAACGUGCUCUCGUGGAGUAUGAAGAGUGGGAGACUUCUGGUGGAGCAGUGAGCCCUAAAAAAACUGUUAGUUUUUGUGGUAGAAGAGUGUUUGGUGCAACCGAAGCUCCAGAAGAGUCUAAAAAGGAUUCAGAUAGCUUCUAUGACAACAGUGAUAGUGACAAUAAUAUGAAUAGCAUAGAUGAUGCAAGAGAUAUUGCUUCACCUUCUAGAACAAACACUGGAACCAUUACAGAAACUGAGGUGUCUCUAAAGGAAUCUAGAGAUGAAAUGAGUGAAGAUUCAGAGAGUCAAAUGGUGGACGGUAUCUUUGAAAUUCCUUGUCAAGCAGAGCUUAUAAACCGCGCAUUUGCUGGUGAUGAUGUGGUAGAUGAAUUUUACAAGGACAAGCAAGAGGUUCUAAAUCAGGAAGUUCCUGAACCGGUAAAGCCGGUUCUACUUCCCGGUUGGGGACCAUGGAUCAAUAAGAGAGGUUAUCAUCAUAUCAAAACAACAAGGAAAGAGGAAUAUGCUCAGAAAGAAAGAGCAAAAGAUCUCAAAACGAGGAAAGACGCUCGUCUUAAACAUGUUAUCAUAUCAGAGAAAGUUGAUAAAAAGGCUGAGAAACUUCAUACAGAGACUCCACCUUUCCCUUAUACGUCCAAGGAAGUUUUCGAACAUAGUAUGCGUAUGCCUAUAGGACCCGAGUUUAAUCCCUCUACUAUUGUCGGUGAUCUAAACCGAGCAGAGGUUGUGAAGAAGACUGGAGUCAUAAUCAAACCAGUGAAGUUCGAGGAAGUAGAUGAUGAACACACUCGAAACCAUCAGAAACCAAGACUCAAAAAGAAAACUGGUAGACGCCAAAGCAAAGCCAAGUAAAAGAAGAUUUUUCCAUAUAUGGAGAUUUUGAGUUUGGUUUAAAUUUUGCAAAAAUUAAAAUCAUUUUCACAAAUUAACAAUAUUAGACAUUGGUCAUCCAAAACAUAUAAAGCAGCUAUUAAAUAAUGUUUGUUUG